AUGCGUUCGUGGUCAGUGGAUCGCUUUAUGGACCGUGUUUUCUGGCCAAGGGAUCGUUUCAUGGACCGUGAUUUCUGGCCAAGGGAUCGUUUCAUGGACCAUAUGAUAUACGAUACUAGGAGGGAUAUGGAUCAUUUUGAGCGAAGCAUCUUCCCAUAUUGGAGAGAAGCUGACCAUUCCAUGCUUCACGUAGCAAAAGAAACCUAUCAGCUUGUGAAUGACGAGAAGAAGUUCGCCGUUUCAUUGGAUGUAUCGCAGUUUCGUCCAGAGGAGUUGAAUGUGCACUUGGAGGGGCGUGAGUUGACCAUCGAAGGCAACGCCAUGCAUAGGUCAUUCACCCGUAAGUGGUUGCUGCCUGAGAAUGUCGACCUGGAGGCAAUUCGAACUCAGCUUGAUGACAAGGGUCAUUUAUCCGUGGAAGUGCUAAAGCGUAUCGAAGGGCCAAAGCGUAUCUAUGGUCAAGCGCAGAUAAAGCAUAUCCCUAUAAUGGCCUCCCUUACCUAG